CUACACAUAAAGUGCUGAAAGUGUUUGAAAAAAAAAGUGAAUACAAUAUGUCUAACGAUAUGGAUCUAAAAAAGAAUAAGAAAUACUCCAGAUCCCGUCCUGAUACAGACGGUGAUGAUAUUGUGAUUUCGGGAAUGGCUGGAAAGUUUCCAAAUUGCCGUAAUAUAUCGGAAUACGAAUACAAUCUAUACAACAAGAUUGACAUGGUUGAUGACGACGAACGUCGAUGGCGUCACUUUAAUCCGGAAAUUCCAAAACGUUCUGGAAAAAUUCAUGAUCUUGAGAAAUUCGAUGCCACGUUCUUUGGUGUGCAUUUCAAGCAGGCUCAUACAAUGGAUCCUCAGACGCGUAUCCUUAUUGAGACCGCAUACGAGGCAGUGAUCGAUGCCGGCAUAAAUCCGAAAACUUUGCGCGGAACCAAGACCGGAGUUUAUGUUGGUUCUUGCAUCUCGGAGUCGGAAAAGACAUGGUUCUAUGAGAAGGUUUCAUCGGGUGGUUUCGGCAUCACUGGCUGCAGUCGGGCCAUGAUGGCAAAUCGUAUUUCGUAUAGUUUGGGUUUGGAAGGACCUUCGUUUCUACUGGAUACAGCCUGCUCCAGUUCCAUGUAUGCUCUGGAUAAUGCUUUCAGUGCCAUUCGUAAUGGAGAAAUUGAUGCUGCCAUUAUUGGUGGUUCGAAUUUGCUUCUUCAUCCGUUUGUGACUCUUCAGUUUGCCAGACUUGGUGUUUUGGCUCCCGAUGGCUUCUGUCGUCCUUUCGAUAAAGAUGCCAGUGGUUAUACCCGAUCCGAGACAAUUAAUUGUCUGUUCCUUCAGCGAAAACGUGAUGCCAAACGUGUUUAUGCAAGUGUGGUUUAUUCAAAAACCAAUUGUGAUGGUUAUAAGCCAGAGGGUAUUACCUAUCCAUCGGGAAAAGUGCAGGAAAAACUUCUCGAUCAAUUCUACAAGGAGAUAGAUCUCAAGCCAAAGGAUUUGGGCUACUUGGAGGCUCACAGCACUGGAACGGUAGUCGGUGAUCCUGAGGAGUGCAAGGCCAUCGAUAAUGUGAUCUGCAGCCAAAGGACUGAACCUUUGUUGGUUGGCUCGGUUAAAUCCAAUGUUGGUCACUCUGAGGCGGCUUCGGGCAUUUGCUCAUUGGUCAAAGCCUGCUUCGCCUUCGAAACAGGCCUAAUUCCGCCCAAUAUUAACUUUACCGAAGUGAAACCCAUUAUAGCUCCCCUGGCGGAGGGACGAUUGAUUGUUGUAAAGGAUGUGACUCCAUUGCCGAAACCCUACAUUGGCAUCAAUUCAUUUGGUUUUGGUGGUGCCAAUGCGCAUGCCAUUUUGCAAGCUUAUCCAAAGUCGAAGACUAACUUUGGCCUACCCGAAGAUGAUGUGCCUCGUAUUCUAACAUGGGCAGGCAGAACAGAGAAUGCCGUGAAUGAGAUAUUCAAUGCUGUUGAGAAGAAGCCAUUGGACUCGGAGUUUAUUGCCUUGCUUCAGAACAUCCAGGAAGAGGAUGUCUCGGGCAUGGUGUUCCGUGGUUAUGCGGUAUUUGCCAAGCAAGGAGCAGAGCCAACCAAGUCGCUGGUCAGAGAUGUUCAACAUUAUACUGGCCUGAAGCGACCCAUUGUCUGGGUGUAUAGCGGCAUGGGAUCGCAAUGGACUGAAAUGGGCGCUUCUCUUAUGAUCAUACCACGUUUCCGGCAGUCAAUUGAAAUUUGCCAUCAGACCCUGUUGUCAAAGGGCCUCGAUCUUAUCCACAUUCUGACUUCCAAUGAUCCGGCAAUAUAUCAAAAUAUUUUGCACUCCUUUGUUGGCAUUGCAGCCGUUCAAAUCGGUUUGACUGAUGUCCUGCGCUCUCUUGGCCUGGAACCGGAUUACAUUAUUGGACACUCGGUUGGAGAAUUGGGUUGUGCCUAUGCCGAUGGUGGUUUCACGCCUCAACAGAUGAUCCUCGCUGCCUAUUACCGUGGUCGAGUGAGUCUCGAUGUGGAGAAGAUCAAGGGUUCCAUGGCAGCGGUUGGUGUUGGCUACAAGACAAUUAUCAGAAUGCUGCCCGAAACCAUUGAAGUGGCUUGUCACAAUGGCCCCGAUUCGUGCACAAUAUCUGGUCCAAUUGACGAUGUGGCACAAUUUGUGGCCGAAUUGAAGGCAAAGGGUAUCUUUGCCAAGGAAGUGCCCUGUUCAAAUAUCGCCUAUCAUUCGCGAUACAUUGCCCAUAUGGGUCCACCUUUGUUGCAAUACAUGAAAGAGACUGUGCCCAAUCCAAAACCAAGGACUGAAAAAUGGUUGAGCACAAGUGUGCCAAAGACCGAUUGGGAGCAACCUGAACGACAAAUGUGCUCGGCGGAAUAUCAUACGAAUAAUUUGCUAAAUAGCGUUCUCUUUGAGGAAACAUUUUCGCUAUUACCAAAGAAUGCAUUGACCAUUGAGAUUGCACCACACGGUCUAUUGGGUGCCAUUCUUAAGAGAUCCAUGGCCAAUGGUGUGCACAUUCCAUUGACCAAUCGUGGCAACAAAAAUAAUGCCCUCUUCUUUAUGUCGGCAUUGGGCAAAUUAUUCCAGAAUGGUUUAAUGGUGCCAGUGGCAAAAUUGUAUCCCACAGUCAAUUUCCCUGUAUCUCGAUCGACGCCAAGCAUCAGUUCGCUUAUACGCUGGGAUCAUAGCGAGGAUUGGUUUGUGACCAAGUACGAGAACAUGAAGACCAAGUCGAGCGGCGAGCGCGUCUUCUCGGUGAAUUUGUCCAGUGACAAUGAGGAAUUUAUGGGUGGUCAUGUGAUAGAUGGCAAAAUUCUAGUACCAGCCACUUGUUAUCUGCAAUACGUUUGGGAGACAUUAUCCCUUAUGUACCAUGGACCAAGCUAUAUGGAUGUCCCGGUGGAAUUCGAGGAUGUACGCUUCCUCAGGGCAACGACUAUGCCGCAAAACGGCGAAGUUGAAUUGAAUGUCAUGAUUCAAUAUGGCACUGGACACUUUGAGAUUACGGAAGCUGGCACUCUAGUGGUUACAGGAAUCAUAAGAGAGAUUGAGAAUCCCACUAUACCUGAAGUUUAUCACUUCCAAAAGGAAUCUGAAUUCGGUAUGGUAUCGAAAAAGGACUUUUACAAGGAAUUGAAACUCCGUGGAUAUCAUUACAAUGGCGCAUUCCGGGCAGUGCACAAGGCACGUUCGGAUGGUUUGUAUGGCCAAGUGGAGUGGAAUUACAACUGGGUCACCUUCAUUGAUGCCAUGCUGCAGAUUCAUAUCUUGGGCACGGAUUCACGUACUCUGUUGUUGCCCACGAAAAUACGAAAACUGCGUAUCAAUGGAGUCCAUCAUUUUGAUUUGAUGACCAAAAUGGAUCCAGAGAACAGAAUAUUCGAUGUCUAUGUGGAUCACAAGUACGAUCGUGUGAUUGCCGGUGGCAUUGAGCUAAUUGGUCUUCAUGCCAGUCCUGUGCAAAGACGCCGACCACCUGGCAUCCCAGUAUUGGAACAAUAUGAAUUCCUACCCUAUAUGCCAACGCCCAAGAUCUCAAUUGCCAAUGCUGCGAGAGUUUGUGUCCAAUUGGCUUUGGAAAAUGUGCCCACUUUGAAAAUGAAACUUGUGGAGGUUGAUACGGAUGAUAGGGCGACAGUUCUAACCGAAUUCCUUGAUGCCAUUGAAGAUUUGCCUGUCAUCACAGGAGAUUAUAUGUUCCUGACUAACAAAAAGUUGGAAGACAUCCCAAGCAUUCACAUUGAGAAUGGAAAACUGUCCACUCAAUCGAAUUGUCAUUUUGUUGUAGUUGGCGGACUCGAAGGCGAAACCAUAUCAGACUUAAUCGACACUGCUCAAAAGGUUCUUGUGGACAAUGGUUAUCUCUUGGUUAGAGAAAAGUCCGUGACGAACAUUGCCAAUCUCAAGUUGCCCGAACAUUUCCGCUUGAUCACCGUGAUCCCUAUCGAUAAUGAGAAUGAAGAGGUAUUCCUUUUGCUGCAGAAGGUAUCAAAGAAAUUGCAACUUCAGCCAACAGUGAUAAGAGUUUCGGACACCGAUAAGAACUUUGAAUGGAUUGCACAGGUGCAAAAUGCCAUUAGUACAAAGACUCCAGUAGUUGUCUAUUCGUUUAAUGAGAAACUGAAUGGCCUCGUCGGCCUGGUUAACUGUUUGCGCAAAGAACCGGAUGGCAAUUUGGUAACAUGUUUCUUCAUUGAUGAUAAAUCUGCUCCCGAAUUUGAUUUGUCGGCUCCGUUCUACUCGACGCAGCUCUCACUUGGACUGGCAAUCAAUAUUUAUCGUAAAGGAUCCUGGGGUAGUCUAAGGCACUUGCAAUUGCCUGUGAUAGACGAAGAAAAGCCAAGACUAGAUCACAUCUAUGGCAAUGUUAUUCAACGUGGCGAUUUGUCGUCUCUACGCUGGUUUGAGGGUCCUUUGGAGCCAAAGAACUGCAUGAUCAAGAUAGCAUACUCAUCGCUAAACUUCCGAGAUGUGAUGCUUGCCACGGGUCGUCUGGCUGUGGAAUUGUAUGGCUCCAGUCGUAUCGAUCAGAGCUGUGUGUUGGGCUUUGAAUACUCUGGCAUUAAUACGGUCACAGGACGUCGGAUUAUGAGCAUGGUGGUCAAGGGUGGUGUGGCUUCCUAUGUGGAAAAGCCAUCGAAACUAAUUUGGGACAUUCCCGAUCAUUGGUCACUGAAGGAAGCCGCCUCUGUGCCAGUUGUAUACAUAACUGUCUACUAUGCCUUCUUCAUGGCCACCGACAUUAGGAAGGGCAAGAGUAUCCUUAUACAUGCCGGCACUGGAGGCAUUGGUUUGGCAGCCAUUCGCGUGGCCUUGGCUUAUAAUUUGGAAGUCUUCACCACUUGCAGUACUCCUCAAAAGAAGCAAUUCCUUUUGGAUAUGUUCCCACAACUUAAAGAGUCCCAUAUUGGUAACUCGCGUGACACGACAUUUGAGAGGAUGAUUCAGCGUGAAACCGAUGGCAAAGGUGUUGAUUUUGUACUGAACUCCUUAUCGGAGGACAAGCUUCAGGCUUCGGUGCGUUGUUUGGCCCAAUCUGGUCACUUUUUGGAAAUUGGAAAAUUCGAUAUGGCUAACGAUAGUAAACUGGGCAUGGGAUGCUUCCUGAAGGAAAUUACCUUCCAUGCUGUGCUAGCUGAUAAUCUACUUGUUGCACCCGACGAAGAUAUUUGGCAUUUGAAAAAACUGAUAGACACGGAUAUUGCUAAUGGUAUUAUUCAACCUCUGCCAGUGACAGUUUUUCCGGCACAUGAAAUCGAACAGGCCUUUAGGCAUUUGAUUGGCGGCAAACAUAUUGGCAAAGUAGUGAUUCAAGUGCGCGAUAGACCAGAAGACCUGGCCACCAUGCCAGUGCGUGUCAUGAGCCAAAUUUACUUUAAGCCUCAGCUGACAUAUGUCAUUCCUGGCGGACUUGGAGGAUUUGGAUUGGAAUUGGCCGAUUGGAUGGCUCUGCGUGGAGCAAAGAAAUUGGUACUCAGUUCCAGUCGUGGCAUCACAAAGGACUAUCAAUCCUAUCGCAUUGCACUCUGGAAGACAUAUGGUUGCGAAGUAGUUGUUAAUACUGCGGAUAUCUCAACAGUCGAUGGUUGUCGCAACCUAUUGGAGGAAGCUGCUAAGCUUGGUCCCGUUGGUGGAAUUUUCAAUUUGGCCGUGGCCUUGAGGGACGGUAUUUUUGCAAAUCAAACCAUUGAACAAUUCGUGGAGAGCUUCUCUCCCAAGGCUGUGGCCACCAAGAUUUUGGAUGAGCUCUCACGCAUCUGCUGUCCCCAAUUGGAAUACUUUGUGGUCUUCUCCAGUGUAUCGUGCGGACGAGGAAAUGCUGGCCAGACCAACUAUGGCAUGUCCAAUUCUGUUAUGGAACGCAUCAUUGAGGGUCGCCAUCGCGAUGGACUGCCUGGCAAAGCCAUUCAAUGGGGUGCAGUUGGUGAGGUGGGACUGGUAGCCGAUAUGGCCGAGGAUAAAAUCGAUAUGGAAAUCGGUGGCACUCUGCAGCAAAGAAUUUCGUCGUGUCUUCAGGAACUGGACCAUCUGUUAACUGCCGAAGCUCCGAUUGUGUCUAGCAUGGUUGUUGCCGAGAAACGUUCGGGACGUUCUGGAAAUGAAAGUAUUAUCGAUGCGGUAAUGAAUAUCAUGGGAAUACGCGAUUUGAAAUCCGUCUCAUUGGGCACAACUCUGUCAGAGAUGGGAAUGGACUCCCUGAUGGCUGUGGAGAUCAAGCAGACAUUGGAACGUGACUUUGAAUUGGUAUUAACGCCACAAGAUUUGCGGGCUCUGACCUUCCAAAAACUGCAGGAAUAUGUCGAUGCCAGAGAGAAGGAGAAUACUGAUGGUGUGAAAAUGAUAUUCGCAUCUGACAGUAAACUCCUUGGCAUGGAUUUACUUCUGCGUAACUUGGGUGAUGAAUCUCGUUGCGAUCAAAUUGUACUUCCAUUGGACACAUCGGCAGCUUCUUCCAAACAGAGUGUUCCACCGAAUAUCAUAAUACCCGGACUGGAGGGAACAGCUGGACAGGCGUGGUAUCACAUUGGUUCCAAAUUGCAGAGCAGAGCCGUUGUCCUGCAAUUGCAUCAGUUUGCCAAACUGGAAACUGUGCUUGAGAUUGCUCAACAAGCUUUUGAAAAUGUUAAACCGAUUCUAAAACCGACUGAACCCUUCUAUAUCAUUGGAUACUCAUAUGGCUCUUUUGUGGCCCUGCAACUUGCCGCUCUGCUGGAGAAUGCCGGUUUCCGUGGACACAUUUUGUUGAUAGAUGGAGCUCCGCAUUUCCUUAAGCGACUCACCAACCUUCAUUUGGGUGAAAACUGCACCGAUAAUGAUCUUUACGAUCUGCUCUUUUCUAGCAUUAUUAAUCAGAUAUUCCCCGAGGAAACGAAGGAAUCCGCCGCAGUAAUGUUCCACAAAAUUGAUAAUCUCAAAGAGAAAAUGGACUUAUUCAUGACCUAUGUGGACAAACAGAAUAUUUAUAGCAGGGAAUAUUCUGAGACAAUUGUAGAUGCCAUGUUCCGCAGAGUUAAGAUGGUUCUCAACUUUGAUUUGGAUAGCCUUAAGGACUUGAAAUCGCCCAUUACUUUGGUACGCCCUGCGGAAGUCUCUUUACAGGAUAUUGAAGAGGAUUAUUGUGUCUCGCAAUUGACGUCUGGCAAAGUGUCCCUUAAGGUUAUUGAGGGAAAUCACACUACAAUGCUGGACAAUCCAGUUUUAGUUCAGCUGAUUAACGAUUUCGAUCCCACACUCUUGGACGACAAGAACUUUGAGGAAUACAUUCGUGAUGACAAACCAGUUGCUGUGGUUUAAACUAUCCAGUCACCAUUUACCCAUAAUUGCAUUUAGUAUUAGAGAAUAUUUUAAUCCAUAAUCCGAAAACUAUUAUCAAACUUAUAUAUACGCAUAUUAUUCAAUAAAUUUUGAUUUUUUCUUAUCUAAA